GGAGGGAUAUUCUUGGCUGUACCCAGAGAGAGCCCCAGUGUGUCCCCAUAUACAUAGGCCCAAUUGUCCUUGACCCACAACACCACCUCUUCAUUCCCCCUCCAGCUCCGUGGUGGCUCUGUGGUGACCAGAAGGAUCAGGGACCUGCUGGUGGCUUGGGACAGAACUGGACAGUGACAGGGAGAAGGUGUCCCAACAGCCGGAGCGGACACGUGUGCAUUGCCUCAGCACCUCAACCCCAGCACAGGGCUGCUGGGAACCUCAAGGCCACAUCCAGCACCCGUCCUGACUGCACCAGCACCUAGGGAGGAACUGGUGUUGCCACCAUGUCCCAGGCAGAAGGAGGUGAGGAGAUGUUUGAAUACUGUGAUGUGGUCAUCAACAGCCAGGAGCAGGUUUCGGAUGUGUAUAUGCAGCUGGAGAAGCUGGGAGAAGGGAAGUUCGGGAUGGUGUUCCGCCUGCAGGAAAAAGCCACUGGCAAAAUCCGGGCUGGGAAAUACUUCCGGACACGCACAGCAAAGGAGAAGCAGGCGGCUUGGGACGAGGUGGAGCUCAUGAACCUGCUGCAUCACCCGCGCCUCGUGCAGUGCCUUGCUGCCUUCCAGGGCCCCACCGAGCUGGUGAUGGUGAUGGAGUACAUGGCAGGUGGGGAGCUCUUUGAGCGCAUCGUGGCUGAUGACUUUGAGCACACAGAGCCCAGCUGCACCCAGUACCUGCGGCAGAUCCUGGAGGGGUUGCAGUUCAUGCACGGUCAGGCCAUCGUCCACCUCGACCUCAAGCCUGAGAACAUCAUGUGUGUCAGCCCCAGCAGCCACUGCCUCAAGAUCAUUGACUUUGGCUUGGCACGGAAGCUGGCUCCAGACACCCCUGUGAAAGUGUUACACGGCACCCCUGAGUUCAUGGCUCCAGAAGUGGUCGCCUUUGAGCCCGUGGGCUUCUCCACAGACAUGUGGAGUGUUGGUGUCAUUUGUUACAUCCUGCUGAGUGGGGAGUUCCCCUUCCAGGGGGACAAUGACAUGGAGACACUAAGCAACAUCACAGCUGCCCAGUGGGACUUUGAGGAGGAGACCUUCUCAGAGAUCUCCCAGCUAGCCAAGGACUUCAUCAGCCAACUGCUGCAGAAGGACCCCUGGAGCCGGCUCUCCAGUGCGGAGGCCCUGCUGCACCCCUGGCUGCAGCAGCCCCAGCCCUGCAGCACGAAGGUGCUGCCCAAGGAGAGGAUCAAGCAAUUCCUGACCCAUCAGAAGUGGCAGAAAACAGGCAAAGCCCUGCUGGCCCUCAACAGGCUGACCCUGCUGUCCCGGAGCCUGGAAAGGAAAGUCUUGGAGACUCAGGAUGAGGAAGACCUGGGCUGCAGCCCAGAGGAGGACCAAACCUCUGGGCCUCAGCUCCAACAAGGUUCCAGCGUAUUGGAGCUGCUGCCAGACAAAAAGGAGGAGGAAGAAGGGAGCACUGCAGCCACAGGGGAGGCAGAGAGUGCUUCCAGUGUGGCCGUGCCACCCAGACCUAGACCACCUAGAGCUGCUGCUGGGAGAAGAGAAGGGACCAAUGGGGGUGAAACCUCCUCCAGCAGCUCAUGAUGACCUGGCCAGCCUGGGGUGGACCCAGAGCCCAGGGCUCCUCUCCCAUGGGUGAGAUCUGGGGUCCCAUGGUGUUCCUGUUCAGCAAGGAACUGGUACUCCUGUCUGCAUGGCCCCCUGGGCUUGAGCUGUCACAAUAAAGCACUGAGAAUCUCUGUA